AUGGACUGUUUUAAAGGCCUCGCGAGCCAUCCUAACACCGUGCGAAACAUGCAGAAGAAAGUAUGCUUUGCUUUCGACAAAGCUGCGACGAACUGGAAAGAUGAGAUAGUAACACGCGAGACGAAGAUUCUUCUCCUAGAAGAAGUUCUCAACAGACACUCAGAAACAACCUCUCAAACUGACGAUGGCAUGGAAGUGUGCACGAUUGAUUUUUCUAGGGAGGCCGUGUAUACAUCUUGUAAAGAAAUGCUGCCAGAAUGUGCCGUUGAUCAGUUUGAAGACACAGAUAUAGCGUCUGCCGUAAAUACUCUUAAAGGAAAACCGUUGCCAAAGUUCAGGUAA